UGAAAAUACUUUCAAUCUCAUGUUAAUUUUCCUCGUAAGACAGUGAUACAUUAUUAUUCAAAAUCCAUAAACUUCAGAAUUCUAAACUCGAAAAGUAAGUCCCAAUAUUAAAAGGAUCUGAGGUUUAAAAAUUUCGAAGUACCGAAAUUCUAGCGCCUCCGAGUCCGAAAGUUGAAUCAUGUCAAAUUCCUAGUAUUAAAAUUACAAAAUCCUUUAAAUUAUUUCAAAGCCAAAAGAUUUCAAAAUUCCCAAAUCCAAAAAUUACCUCCCAUACAUGCUUUGGAAACCUCUGUUAUUAUUUGAUUGUUACAUAAUGAUACUGUGCCCAAGAUAUGAAACAUAAAAAUGUAAAAAUAGGUGUCGUUUGCAUUUUACGUUACGUUGGACAGACUGCGUUCUCGGUAAAUCCUACAUUUUUAUCGUUGGAGUUUGUAAUCAGUAUGGCAACGUAUGGCAAGCAACUACACAUUUAAUCACAAGCAAAAUUUAAACAUAAAUAAUGUGAAUGCGUUUUAUUUGGAGAGCAAUAUCGUUCAGCCAAAGUUCAAACUCACGAGUCAAGUCUACUCCAAAGUGAUAAAGUUUAUUCGUUUUAACGAAGUUUUAUAGGUACGUUUAAAUUUUAAAUGUCAAUACAUCUUAUGGUAUUAGUGUUAAUAAAUUAUUUUCUAACAUAACCUGUGUAAAUGCGAUAUUCUUAAACAAAUGUUAUAAGAUAAUUGUAACUAAUAAAAGUUAAUUAUAAACGAUUGUAAAACUGUGAAGCAAGUGAAGGAGUAUUAAAAAUCAUCAAAACAAUGGGUAAUUCGCAAAAUAAAAAUGCAAAAAAAAGUUCAUAUAAUACUUCAGUAAUAUCAACCAAUACUCUAGCACAGCAGUGCAGUACAAUAAUACAACCACCUAAUCUUUCAGUAAAAUCUAAUGUUCCAGUACAAUCAUCUAAUAGGCCAAUACAGUCAUUUAAUAGUCCAAUACAUUCAUCUAAUACUGCAGUACAAUCAUAUAAUGCUUCAAUUAUUUCAUCAAUUAAACCACCAGAAUUAUUCAAGACAGAAGAAGAAUUUCUCCAAAAAUGGUUAUUAUGGAAAAAUGAUUUUUUAAUAUAUAGAAGGAUAAUAAAUGAUGGCAAGCCAAAUAAUAUAAUGUGUGGAGAUCGGUUGCUAAAUACAAUGGGACCAAUUGGACAAGCAAUAUUUAAAAGAUUUACAUUUGAUUCCUUGUAUGACAGAAAUAAUUUAAAUAUAUUAUUGAAUAAAUUUGACGAGUAUCAUACUAUUGCAUCAAUAAGGAGACUAAAUGAAGAAGAUACCUUUAUGUAUAUACAUCAUUUGCAGUUGAAAAUAGAAAGAGCAAAUAUUGCAAAUGCAGAAGAAUUAAUAAGAAACAAAAUAUUAAAAGAGAUUGAUGAACAUAUGUUUACCAAUGCUGCGAAACGAGUGUUGUCAACAUUCAAAUUUUCAUCUGAUUUUAAUAAUUUGACAUUAAAAGAAGUUGCAUUUAUUUGGAAAUUGUAUGGUUGCACACAGUUCUGCGAUCGUUGUGGGAGUAAUCACAGUUCUGACAAUUGCCCUGCAAUGGGAAAGCAAUGUAUAAAAUGCAAUGAAUUAAAUCAUUCACAUAGAAGAUGUCCAUUGAUUUUUAUACAUAAUUGCAUAUAUUGUGGAAGUUCUCAUUUAAAGAAGAAAUGUCCUGCUUAUGACGAAAUUUGUACCAAGUGCAAAAAACAAAAUCAUUUUUCUUGGAAAUGUCUAUCUACCCAAAACGCGAAUUCUGCAUUGCAACCAAAUCAAAUUUUACAUUGUAAAUUUUGUGGUUUGACUCAUGCUGCAUCUAGAUCACAGUGCCCAGCAAAAGAUACUUUUUGUACUCGUUGCAAAACAAGAGGGCAUUUUGCUUCAAAAUGUAAAGAAAAUUCUUAUUCUAGAAAGCAUUAAAAUGUAAUACAAAGGUUUCAAAUAUAUAGAAUUUUUUAUAGCGAUCAAACUAGUUGUAUGAAGUGACUAAAAAUAUAUAUAUUUUUAUACAUAACAUUUCGAAUUGUUUUAUAUGCAAAUAAAUACAAUAAAAUAUGUAACACAU